CGUCGGCCCAACAGCGGUGCUGAGGGCUCCCUCGGCGGCCGCGCCUGGGCAGCCCUCGAUGCUCCGGUCGCUGCUCCUGCUGGGCCUCUUGGCGUGCGCGUGCUCCAGCGACAGCGCCCAGUGGAAGGACGAGGACUACGAGGACGACGGCCUCGAGGUCCAGCAACCCGCCAUCGCUGGCAGUGCCAGCGGCUUCAAGGGCGUCGGCGCGAACUCCUCCGAGGCCGGCGCCAAGGCGGCGGCCCUGAAGGUGCCCGUGAAGUACGGCACCUCGUGGAAGGAGCUCGUCACCGGAGGCAGCUGCCCCGACGAGACGCCUCUGACGCCGAAGACUAGCGAUGCCGCUGGGGGCGUGAUCACUUGCGAGAAGACCUCGGCCGGGGGCCGCAAGCUCAAGUUCCCCGCGGGCAUGUUCGACAUCGACGAGCAGGUGGUGGUCCCGGCCAACACGGAGAUUGUGGGGAACGCGAACCCAGUGGACCCAGACGAUAAGGAAAAGGAGCCGGACAUCGUUGACCAGACCUACUUCAUCGCCACGAAAGGCAUUACCGAGGACAAAGAUGCAGCGUACUGUGGCACCGGGGGCAACAUGGGGCCUGGAGAUGCGGAAGCCCUCCGCAUCGGCUUCCUGCUCAACUCCAACACCACCGUCAAGUACAUAAGCUACCAGGGAAAAGACAAGGUCCUUGAAAUGCUCCUCUCUUUAUCUCAUAAUUUCGUCGCGUCCGCGUUCGUGCCUCUCAUGUGGCCAUGGUAGCGCCAUGCUGCAUUUGUUGUAACUGUCGUCAUAACAUGUAUUCUAUGACUGGCGACCGGGUCCCUGGGCCCUGGGGCCCCCACUUUUUCAAAACUCCCCCCUCCCCCGCGCAACCCUUUUAGUCCUUAGCGCCCGCGGGUCUUUCUGAAAGCUCCAGAGCGUUCCCUGCGCCUCGAGGGACCCUCUUGCCGCCCGCAGCGGACGCCCAGAGGCCGCCAGGACGGCCCAGGAGCGCACCAAGCCGCC